GUGGUGGCGGUGCCUGUGGCGGCGGGAGCGGGCGGCGGCGGCGACCAAGACGGAGGCGGAGGCGGAGGGGGACUGUCCACUGGUCGCCGCGGAGAGGCGUGCGAGGUCGAGUCGAGCCCCGACGACCCUGCUGCCCCGGCCCGGCCGCCAGCCACGGGCUGGUCUCUGGCAGCUGCAGCUGCGCGGCGACCCCCAUCCCUCCGGCUCCGCUGCCCACCCCACCGCCCGCAGUCUUCCUCCUCUUGCUGCGCGCCCGGCCCGGCCUGGCCGUGGCCCUCCUCGGUGCCGGCCGCCAUGGCAGAGGCGUCCGGCGCGGGGGAAAUCUAGCCCGGGGAUUUCAUGCGGCCUAGCUUGGUUCCGCCUCCUCCCCCCGCGGCGCCGGCGGCUGCCUGCACCCCAGCCCUACUCCGGGCCUCCGUGUGUCUCCUGUGAUCGUACUGACACGGCCGGGGGGUUAGAAUGGAACAAAGUGAAGGCCCGAUGAGAGAAAGGGAAAGUUAAGGAUGCUGGAGCAGAACAAUGGAUUUCUCUUUCUCUUUCAUGCAAGGGAUCAUGGGAAACACAAUUCAGCAACCACCUCAACUCAUUGACUCCGCCAACAUCCGUCAGGAGGAUGCCUUUGAUAACAACAGUGACAUUGUUGAAGAUGGUGGCCAGACACCAUACGAAGCUACCUUGCAGCAAGGCUUUCAGUACCCACCUACAACAGAAGAUCUUCCUCCACUCACAAAUGGCUACCCAUCAUCAAUCAGCAUGUACGAAACUCAAACCAAAUACCAGUCCUAUAAUCAGUAUCCCAAUGGGUCGGCCAAUGGCUUUGGUGCAGUUAGAAACUUUAGCCCCACUGACUAUUACCAUUCAGAAAUUCCAAACACAAGACCACAUGAAAUUCUGGAAAAACCUUCUCCUCCACAGCCACCACCUCCUCCUUCAGUACCACAGACUGUGAUUCCAAAGAAGACUGGCUCACCUGAAAUUAAACUAAAAAUAACCAAAACUAUCCAGAAUGGCAGGGAAUUGUUCGAGUCUUCCCUUUGUGGAGACCUUUUAAAUGAAGUACAGGCAAGUGAGCACACAAAGUCAAAGCAUGAAAGCAGAAAAGAAAAGAGGAAAAAAAGCAACAAGCAUGAUUCAUCUAGAUCUGAAGAGCGCAAGUCACACAAAAUCCCUAAAUUAGAACCAGAGGAACAAAAUAGACCAAAUGAGAGGGUUGACACUGUAUCAGAAAAACCAAGAGAAGAUCCAGUACUGAAAGAGGAGCUCCCGGUUCAGCCGAUGUUACCUUCUGUUCCAACAACAGAAGUGUCCGCUGGUGUUAAGUUCCAGGUUGGCGAUCUUGUUUGGUCUAAGGUGGGAACGUAUCCUUGGUGGCCUUGUAUGGUUUCAAGUGAUCCCCAACUCGAGGUUCACACCAAAAUUAACACAAGAGGUGCCCGGGAGUAUCACGUCCAAUUUUUUAGCAACCAGCCAGAGAGGGCGUGGGUUCACGAAAAGCGGGUCCGAGAGUACAAAGGUCACAAACAGUAUGAAGAACUACUGGCCGAGGCGACCAGACAAGCCAGCAAUCACUCUGAGAAACAGAAGAUUCGGAAACCCCGGCCUCAGAGAGAACGUGCUCAGUGGGAUAUCGGCAUUGCCCACGCAGAGAAAGCGUUGAAAAUGACCCGGGAGGAAAGAAUCGAACAGUAUACUUUUAUCUACAUUGAUAAACAGCCUGAGGAGGCUUUAUCCCAAGCAAAAAAGAAUGUUGCCUCCAAAGCCGAAGUUAAAAAAACCCGAAGGCCAAGAUCAGUGCUGAAUACUCAGCCAGAACAGACCAGUGCAGGCGAGGCGGCCUCCUCACUAUCAGGUACUGAAAUUCGGAGACACAGCCAGAGGCGGCACACGAGCGUGGAAGAGGACGAACCACCUCCCGUUAAAGUAGCCUGGAAAACGGCAGCUGCGAGGAAAUCCUUACCAGCUUCCAUCACAAUGCACAAAGGGAGCCUGGAUUUGCAGAAGUGUAACAUGUCUCCAGUUGUGAAAAUUGAACAAGUGUUUGCUCUUCAGAAUGCUACAGGAGAUGGGAAAUUUAUCGAUCAGUUUGUCUAUUCAACGAAGGGAAUUGGUAACAAAACAGAAAUAAGUGUCAGGGGACAAGACAGACUUAUAAUUUCUACACCAAACCAGAGGAAUGAAAAGGCAACUCAGAAUACGUCAUCUCCUGAAACAACAUCUGGUCCUGCAGGCUCAGUAGAAAAGAAGCAACAGAGAAGAUCCAUUAGAACCCGUUCCGAAUCAGAGAAAUCCACUGAGGUCGUGCCAAAGAAGAAGAUCAAAAAGGAGCAGGUUGAAACAGUUCCUCAGGCUACAGUGAAGACUGGAUUACAAAAAGGUGCCAGCGAGAUUUCAGAUUCCUGUAAACCUCUAAAGAAAAGGAGCCGCGCCUCAACUGAUGUAGAAAUGGCUAGUUCCACGUACAGAGACACGUCUGACUCCGAUUCCAGAGGACUGAGUGACCUGCAGGUAGGCUUUGGAAAGCAAGUCGAUAGCCCUUCGGCUACUGCAGAUGCAGAUGUUUCUGAUGUGCAGUCCGUGGAUUCCAGUUUGUCAAGAAGAGGCACUGGAAUGAGUAGGAAGGACACUGUCUGUCAGAUCUGUGAGAGCUCUGGGGAUUCUCUGAUUCCUUGUGAGGGAGAAUGCUGCAGACACUUCCACCUGGAGUGCCUGGGACUGACAUCGUUCCUGGAUGGAAAGUUCAUCUGCGUCGAAUGCAAAACUGGAGAGCACCCGUGUUUUUCAUGUAAAGUGUCUGGUACAGACGUGAAGCGUUGCUCUGUUGGUGCUUGUGGGAAAUUUUACCAUGAAGCCUGUGUCCGCAAAUUCCCCACUGCCAUCUUUGAAUCAAAAGGAUUCCGCUGUCCCCAGCACUGCUGCUCUGCCUGCUGUAUGGAGAAAGAUAUCCACAAAGCAAGUAAAGGUCGCAUGAUGAGAUGUUUGAGGUGCCCAGUAGCCUACCACUCUGGAGAUGCUUGCAUUGCUGCCGGCAGCAUAUUUGUGUCUUCCUACGUUCUCAUCUGUAGUAAUCAUUCCAAACGGAGCAGUAACUCUUCCUCUGCUGUAAAUGUAGGCUUUUGUUUCGUUUGUGCAAGAGGGCUGAUAGUGCAGGACCAUUCAGACCCCAUGUUCAGUUCCUAUGCCUAUAAGUCCCACUACCUACUGAACGAAUCAAAUCGUGCAGAGUUGAUGAAAUUACCUAUGAUUCCUUCUUCGUCAGCUUCCAAAAAGAAAUGUGAGAAAGGUGGAAGAUUGCUCUGCUGUGAGUCGUGCCCGGCUUCCUUCCACCCGGAGUGCCUGAGCAUAGAGAUGCCAGAAGGCUGCUGGAAUUGCAAUGACUGUAAAGCUGGCAAGAAACUACAUUACAAGCAGAUUGUUUGGGUCAAAUUGGGAAAUUACAGAUGGUGGCCAGCGGAGAUCUGCAACCCCCGGUCUGUGCCGCUCAACAUCCAGGGCCUCAAGCACGACCUGGGGGACUUCCCCGUGUUCUUCUUUGGUUCUCACGACUACUACUGGGUACACCAGGGCAGAGUGUUCCCUUACGUCGAAGGAGACAAAAGCUUUGCUGAGGGACAGACUAGUAUUAACAAGACCUUCAAAAAAGCGUUGGAAGAAGCUGCAAAACGUUUCCAGGAAUUGAAAGCGCAAAGAGAAAGUAAAGAAGCACUAGAGAUUGAAAAAAACUCAAGGAAACCCCCUCCUUACAAACACAUCAAAGCUAACAAAGUAAUAGGAAAGGUGCAGAUCCAGGUUGCAGACCUGUCAGAGAUUCCCCGCUGUAACUGCAAGCCGGCUGACGAGAACCCGUGUGGCUUGGAGUCCGAGUGUCUGAACAGAAUGCUGCAGUACGAGUGUCACCCGCAGGUGUGCCCGGCGGGGGAGCGCUGCCAGAACCAGUGCUUCACCAAGAGGCUCUACCCGGAUGCAGAAAUCAUCAAGACGGAGCGGAGAGGCUGGGGCCUCAGGACCAAAAGGAGCAUUAAGAAGGGUGAAUUUGUAAAUGAAUAUGUUGGCGAAUUAAUUGAUGAGGAAGAAUGCAGAUUGCGAAUCAAGCGAGCCCACGAGAACAGUGUAACUAAUUUUUAUAUGUUAACUGUUACCAAGGACCGUAUCAUUGACGCUGGCCCGAAGGGAAAUUAUUCUCGCUUUAUGAACCACAGUUGUAAUCCAAACUGUGAAACACAAAAGUGGACGGUGAAUGGAGAUGUUCGAGUUGGCCUUUUUGCUCUUUGUGACAUUCCUGCAGGGAUGGAGCUAACAUUUAAUUACAACCUGGACUGUCUGGGCAACGGCCGGACGGAGUGCCACUGCGGGGCGGAUAACUGCAGUGGUUUCCUCGGCGUGCGGCCAAAGUCGGCAUGUGCGUCCACAACUGAAGAAAAGGCAAAAAACGCUAAGCUGAAGCAGAAGAGACGAAAAAUCAAAACAGAGCCGAAGCAGCUGCACGAAGAUCACUGCUUCCAGUGCGGGGACGGCGGCGAGCUGGUCAUGUGCGACAGGAAGGACUGCCCCAAGGCCUACCACCUGCUCUGCCUCAACCUGCCCCAGCCGCCCUACGGAAAGUGGGAGUGCCCGUGGCAUCAGUGCGAUGAGUGCAGCGGCGCAGCCGUGUCCUUCUGUGAGUUCUGUCCGCGUUCGUUCUGCAAAGACCACGAAAAGGGGGCUCUGGUGCCCUCCGCCCUGGAAGGCCGUCUCUGCUGCUCUGAACAUGACCCUGUAUCUCCCGUGUCACCCGAAUACUGGAGCAAGAUCAAAUGUAAAUUGGAAUCACAAGACCACGGAGAAGAAGUCAAAGAAUAAACGGGCAGUGAUUUCCUUCUUUUUUUAUUUAAACGAAGAAAGGAAAAGAAAAAAGUAGAGAAUGCGUUAGUACAAGAAGAGGCCGCUGCAGUGCCUGCAGCCUUGGCCAUCGGCGCUGCCGAAUUAAAGUGAAGGUGGGGAGCCAGGCCGUGCAAGCAGAAGCCGUUCGUGGGAUCUGGCUUUUCGGUUUCGUUCUGUCAGUCUGGGGAUUCUGUUGUGGAGGGUUAGAUUCCCUUGGUCUUUUCUUGCCUUUUAUUGUGCUUCAAUGCCUUUGCAGCUGGCAAAAGAGAUGUCUUCGCUUUUAAAAUAAGAACAAAGAGAAAAGAAAAUUUUGUUAAUGAGAUAAAUUUAAAGUCUAGGAUGUGUUCCUUGGGUGUAAAAAGCAAAAGUAGCCAUCAUUCCUUUAUUUAUUUUCAUUUUUAAAAUUUUGAGAAGUGUAGUUCAGAUAGUCUAAUCUGUGUGUGUGUGUGUGUGUGUGUGUGUGUUAAGUAGGAAUUGCAGAAAGCCCUCUAGAAAAGGGUAUGGUGGUCUUACAUACCUCUUUCCUGAGCAGUAGGGAGGCUGGCUUUGCUUUCUCUUCCAGACGCCUCUCGUAGUCUUAGAGAAGGGCUCUGUGGGAGUAUUGAAUCUGGCCUCUUGAAAUCAAAAGGCCUCAGUGAAUAUUACCUCUGUGGUCUUAAACUAGGUGGGCUUUCCGGUAUAACUUUACCUAGAGAGGUAUAUAAUGUUGUUGUUGGUUUUUUGUUUUGGAGAAAAAAAGAAAUCGAUGCCCUCACUGAGUUUGAAACGUUCUCCACUGAUAAUGGGUGUUUUUGAUGAAGUGUGUCUCUGUGGAUAUGAAUACAGAGUUAGAAUGGUCAUUCCUGUUGUCUUGACACACUGGUAAAGGCAGCUAAAGGGAGAUGAAAGGCACAGACCAAAAGUUGGGUCAAAUAAGCCCCAUUUUCUAUCCAAUUUAAUGUACACCCUGGUCUGACUUGGAGAGAAUUAUGGGCAUUUUAAUUUUCUGUCUCUGCUUUCCUCUCCCAAGCAAACAUUCCCUUUGUCAGCUGACCACUCAGUCACAUGUCCUGGUGAAAACUACACAAAUGAAUUUGAACUGUGUAUUUGAAUAGAUCUUUUUGUUCAGUUCCUAAUUUGGGGGUGAAAGUGGUAGGGGGCAUCCCCAAGUUAUAUGUAAACAGUUACCCAGUACUUAAACUCACCCCCACUGAGGAAGGGGAAGCACUUGUACUUCUACAGGGUAAAUGAGAGCCACACAAACACACUUCAUGGCAGGAAGCACUUAGGGAGAGCUCCACAGAAAGCAGUGAUAGCAAGAAUGGUUGGAGCUCAUAGACGCAAGUGAACCGGAAUAUCUGCCCACAGAACUCACUUGCUUUUAAUGCUUAGGAAUAUGUAUAUUCCAGGAUUCCCUGUAUGAAUUAAUUAGUCCUGUCAGACAUUGUUGUAACACUGUACUAAGUAGAAGCCUAGGUUUAGCUUGAAUGAACGUCAACUUCUCUGUGAAUUUUGACUGCUAACAAUUGCCGGUACCUGGUAGCAUUUAUUUUCCCUCAAGAAGUACCCAGUGACCUUAUAAAGGCAGGGAAGAUAGAUGCUCCACAACAUUCCUUCAGUUGCGCUGUGUGUUCCUUUUUCUUAUCAAUUUAGAAUUCUUCUCUGGAAAAAAGGAGAAAAAAAUCUGUUUUGUGCUUCUUUUUUUUUUUUUUUCUUUGUAUGUAAAUGUGCAAUUAUACUGGAUUUUUUCUUGUUAAAAAAAAAAAAAGAAAGAAAACAAACAAAAAACACUACAAUUCCUUUACUUAAGCUCCUAAACUGCCAUUUGCCUGAUUCCAGCAAAUAAUUCUGAGGUAACUUAUUGGGCCUCCAGUAAUUCUGUUGAUUAGAUAUGGUCCCAAAAGAAAGAGCAAGACAGAAAAUGCUAUAUGUAUUACCAAAUGCGACUGCUACAAGUCACAUGAAUUACAGCUCACCAAAACACUAAAGUUUGCUCUUGAGCAAUUAUCUAGUUUGAUGUCCUUUUAAAAAAUAAUUUAAGAAAAUCUAGGUUUUAUCAUACUAAAACUUUAUUUUAUAUAUGUAUAUGAUAAAUGUUUGCUUUUUUAAACUUACUAACAUGAAGGAUUUCCUUUAAUAUUCGAAAUGCACCUCGUGUUGAAACGGUAUCCAACAUGGAAUCUUAUCUCCUUGCUUUGUUUUGGACUUAGUGCUAUUUAAUAUCUGGUGACUUUUAUAUGGUAAGCCAGGGUAUAUCCUGUAUACUACAAAUACCUUAGGUUUAAGUAUUUUUAUGCAGCUUCUUCAUCGUGUCACAUUUUGUUUGUGUGUCUGUAGCAGAGCUCUGCUGAGGUUUUUUAAUUGGG